AUGCCUUCAACAGCCAAGAGCUACCAAGGACUUUUGAAGACUGAUGACCAAUAUGGAAUAUCACUUUACAUAUGUACUAUACAUCCUAAUGCUGUGCUGCGCAGAGUUGCUGAAACUGUCUUUGGUACAGGGAGUGAUCUGGUGCCAGAGGAUAUUGCUUUUCCAGUUGGAUUUGCUUGGGGUGCAGCUACAGCGGCAUAUCAAAUUGAAGAAGGCUGGAAUGCAGAUGGAAAGGGCCCUAAUGUCUGGGACACAUUCACCCAUCAGGGAGGAGAUCGAGUUUUCAGGAACCAGACUGGUGAUGUAGCUUGUGGCAGCUACACUCUGUGGGAGGAAGAUUUGAAAUGUAUCAAACAGCUUGGAUUGACUCAUUAUCGCUUUUCUCUUUCCUGGUCACGUCUGUUACCUGAUGGGACGACAGGUUUCAUCAACCAGAAAGGAGUCAAUUAUUACAGCAAAAUCAUUAAUAACAUGGAAAAUGACAUCCUCUUACUGUAUCACUUUGGCUUUCCUCAGUCCUUAGGAGAUGAAGGUGGCUGGAGAUCUGAAAAGAUCAUUAAGACCUUUGAUAUUCAUGCAAAGUAUUACUUCAGAACAUUUGGAGACUGAGUGAUCACUAUUAAUGAGCCUUACGUUGUUGCUAUAGGUGGUUGUGAAAAAGAUCAAAAAGCAACUAAAGGGUACCUGUCCUUUACCUUAGAUGGGUUUGUCAGGACAGUGUUUACUGAUAGUGAAUAUCCAGCCAUCAUGAAGUCCUGGAUUUCUGCAAAUAAUUGGAUUUCUGCAGUAACCCUGCAUUCAAAGCAGGGUUACUUAUCAUCAAGGCUUCUGGAAUUCACUAAAGAGGAAAAAAUUAUGAUCAUGAGUAUUGCUGACUUCUUUGCCCUGAACUCAGUAAGGCUUUCCUGGCAUGCAUCUACUCCUGGCAAUGGGACGUGUGGUGACUGCCAGUACCAAGGGGAUACAUACAAUAACCCUAUAAUUUACAUCACUGACAAUGGGCUUUCCCGAAGUGACCCUGCUCUACUUGAUGACAGUCAACGAUGGGAGUAUUUCAGGCUGAUUUUACAGGAAAUUUUAAAAGGUACCAUUUAA